UCCAUUUGACCCCCCCCUCCAAACAAAUGAACACAAGACAAUAUAGCAGAAGCUGUGAUGCGUUCGUUGUGAUGCGUUUAUGAUUCUCUAACUGUACGUCAAUCGUAAACGUUAAUCGUACACAAUGCAAUCGCGAUCGUGAUCGAAAAGAAUCGAAAGGAAUAGUUUAAAUCUCUACCGUGGCCGUUCAUGUACCUGUCGCGCAUGCGCGUUUUACCAAUUUGCGUCAGUCAAUAAAGUAAGGAUUUCAUUAGUUUUAAUUCUCUGCUUGUGCAUCUGAGGAUUUUAAACAAAACAGGAUAUAGUCAAAUAAAGGAUAGGUUAGGAACAACAACUCCGAACUCUAUACUGAGAUUAAAAUGAAUGAAAGAUACGCACGUUAUAUUGAGAGGUUUGUCCUACUGUGGACACCGUAGGCGUGGAUGGCUGGAGUCGUUGCCUAGUGAUAUGAAACAUCCUCGUGAGACUGAGCACAGCUUUCAUCAACAUUUACAGUCUCGCUCUGAACAUGUCCAGCAGUAGAGAAAAAGCCGCUUCUAGUCGAGUGCUGAACUUCCUGUGCGAGUGGGACCGGGGGAAUAAAUCCACUCGCACGCGAAUGCUUCAGAAAUUCCUGCAAGAAAACACGGGAAAAACGAGUCCGGAGCUGGAGCUGGAGUUCGCUCAGGCCUCCAGUCUGUUCCUCACUCGCAUCACGGCCUGGAUGAGACUCACCUACAUGUUCGGCACGUGUCUGCAUCUUCAGCUCAAAGCACUGGGAGUCUUCCUCUCUGCUGCCAGCAAUUACCGGUACCUGAUGGAGUUCCUGGAGGUGGGAGGUGUGAUGACUCUGCUGGAGAUCAUCAGUCAGACGCAGAGCAGCGAGGAGGAGAAAGCUGAAGCUCUGCAUCUGCUCUGCGUCGUCUCUAACGCUGGACGCAAGUACAAGGAGAUCAUCUGUGAAAGCUACGGUGUGAAGGCUGUAGCGGAGUGUUUGGUGAAGUCGGACUCAGAGGAGACGCAGCACACAGCUUCCUGUCUGCUCGAGUCUCUCGCUCACGGAAACCCCACGUACCACAGACAGGUUUAUACAGGACUCAUCUCUCUACUGACCCACAGCGCUCCUACAACUACACAACUCAUACUACACACACUACACACUGUACAGGCCGUUGUCAAGACGGCUGACCCUGCCAUCGUGGAGCCGUUGUUAAAUUCGCUGCGCUCUUUCCACCUUGAGGUGCAGUAUGAAGCUAUAGAGCUGAUCAAAUAUCUACAGCAGACGGAGGUGAGGGACGUUCUCCUCAACGCUCUGAUCGCUCUGCUCAAACCGACCAACCCCGGAGUUCACAAACACAAGAUCCUGCAGGAUCCGGCGAUGGCGAAGAUGAACGGCUCGCUACCGCUGUUCAUCCAGCAGGCAGCAGCAGCCAAAGCCCUACGGAUGUUGGCCGUGGAGAGCCGUGAGACGUCUGGAGAACUGAUCCGCCUCGGGGUCACGCACCAUUUACUGUACGCCAUGGGCAACCAGGAGCACGCAGACGCUCAGAGACAGGCCAGUCUGACUUUAGAGCAUUUUGUGCACUCGUACCCUGUGGUUGAGGAACAUGUGUGCAGAGCCAUGGGACGUGCUCUGUUCCACUCGUUUAAGCAUAACGCUGAGCUGCUCUACAUGAACAUGGAUGAAGUUCAGGCUGAUAUCUUAUUGAACAACAAAGUGGAUCUUUCAAGAGAAUUUCAAGAGCAGAACACAAACUCCUGAGCAUCACUAGAACACACACACACACACACACACGUGUGUACAUGUGCAGUCGUUGUCAGUGAAUUAGUAAAAACUGAUGUCCCUGUGUGUGAUGGAAGGAAGUAGUGAUGCCUCAACAAGUCACUGAAUCAUUCGACUCGGCUCACCAAUUAGAGUCGACCCUUUUGACUCCCAAGCGGUUCAUGGCAAUGAACAGUAAAAGCUGAAAUAUGUUUAUUGAAA